CAACAGCGCCGCUGCAAAAAUGGCCACUUCUGAUUUGCUUAAUGAGUUGACCAAACCCACUUUUAUGAUCGAUCCUGAUCUCGAACUUAUCAACAUACAACAACUUGACGAUGCUGCUGGUGAUAUAUAAGCGUCUGGGAGGUCGCUCAUAUGAUUCAAGCAGAGUCUAAUUCAGAAAAGAGGGAUGAAUAUAUUCAGCGUUUGAUGCUGCUCCCAAAUCAGGUAUUUUGAUUGCUUUAGAAGCCAUGUCAUUUGCCAAAUAUCCUCAUUGUUAUGCCCGAGUUUUUGUGAAAAUUUUCUGGAAACCAAGUAUGAUAAUUAAUGCAUGUGAUUUACAAUUUUUCCUCCUGCGGAAAUGGAUGGAAAUUAUAGGUCAGGCACAUCAAAAUGUUGAAGCAGGGCUUACAUUCUUAACCUUAUUGGCUUUUCUGUGCAAAAUACACGUGCAAGUGCAUCUACUGCAGCGGUACAUACCUGGUCUGUGGAUGCCAACCAGUUCAUUGCUGAUGGAGAGGAUGCCACUUAUAGCAGCCGCAUUUCUGAACGGAAGCGCUAGGUUAGCAAAACGCUAAACCUAAUUGAUAAAGACAAGCCGCAAG